CUGCUGCUGCGUCAGGGAAAAAGUAAGCGACAGGUGGCACCUGCUUGCAGGGCCGGGACGCGACCACCUGCCCCUGCUGCUCACUCGGCGCCCCUCUCCCAUCACCUGUUUCUGUCCGUCCGCCUGCCUCUACCCCCGCCCGAUCCUGCAGCUCCAGCCAAAAACUCAAACGCGGAGUUUGAGUGAGCCAGAGAACCCCCACAGCCGCUCGGUUCCCGUCCCUCCCAGCCUGUGCUCCCGCCCCUUCUCAGGGUCCCAGGCGCGGCUCCGGUUUCCCCGCCCCACUCCACGGGCUCUCGGCACGCCCCAGAAAAGGGGGUCCGAGGCGGUCCCAGGCUGGUGGGCGGAGCCUGAGGCCUCCUGCCUAGACCGCGGGACUGUACCGGCUUCGGAGCACUGCUGCGUCAGCCCACCUGUCCAGGUCCCCACCCCAGCCUUGGCAAUGACCCUGGCAGCUUCCUCCCAGCGCUCCCAAAUCAUUCGCUCCAAGUUCCGAUCUGUCCUGCAGCUUCGGAUCCACAGACGGUAUCAGGACCCAAGCCUGUCAGGGUCCUUCAGUGCCUCUCCAGCCUCGGAUCCAGAUCCGUGGAUCUCAGCCUCAGGCCCAGCUCUGGGCCCCCGAGCCCAGGCUCCAGCCUUGCCUUCGAGCCCCACCCCUUUCCUCAUCAGUCCUGGGGUCUCGCUCCCUGAGCUGGAAUACGGCCCUUGGAGAUCCCUGAAGGAUUCUCCCAAGAUCUCCCAACAUUCGAAGGAGCCUAAGCCCAAGGGGAACUUGACAUACCACCAGUACAUGCCCCCAGAGCCUAGACAAGGGUCCAGGGCAGACCCCCAGGCUGAAGGGUCAGCCCUGGGUCUCCCCGGGCCGUCUCUAUGGGAAGGGACACAGCAGCCACCUCAUAGGAUGAAACCCACACCUCCCGCUCCCUCCCCACUCGGAGUCCCCAGCCCAUCGCCCCCUCCACACAAGUUGGAACUUCAGACCCUUAAACUGGAGGAGCUGACGGUCUCAGAGCUCCGGCAGCAGCUGCGCUUGCGGGGCCUCCCGGUGUCGGGGACCAAGUCGAUGCUCCUGGAGCGCAUGCGCGGCGGCGCCCCGACCCGCGAGCGGUCGAAACCGCGGCGCGAGGACAGUCCCCCGGACGCUCAGUGGCCGCGCCUCAGGCCCAAGGCUCUGGCAGCCUCCCGGAGGCAGGGCUCGGUCAAGCAGAGGCCGGCAUCUCACCCGCCGCCUCCUCCACGCGCCGCGGAAACCCUGGUGACUGCUCCGGCUCCCGCUCCGGCUCGGAGUCCAGCUCCAGCGGGGACCCCUUCCUCAGCACCAGCCGCGGCGGCCCUGACUCUGGAGGAGGAGCUUCAGGAAGCGAUCCGCAGAGCACAGUUGCUUCCGAACCGGGGCAUCGAUGACAUCCUGGAGGAUCCUGUGGAGCCUGAUGACCCUCUGCCCCCCAUCCCCUUGGACUUCCCUGGCUCCUUCGACGUGCUGUCCCCCUCCCCGGACUCUGAAGGUCUCUCAUCUGUCUUCUCUUCCUCGCUUCCAUCCCCAGCGAAUUCCCCGUCCCCCUCUCCCAGAGGUCCCACAGAUUCCUUGGACUGGCUGGAGGCUCUGAGUGGGGGUCCCCCGCUGGGGUGUGAUCCCCCAGCUCCCAGCAUCUUCUCUGCUGACCUAUCUGAUUCCAGUGGCACCCGGCUGUGGGAUCUGCUGGAGGAUCCAUGGCCCCUGAACUGCUGCUGACGUGCCAAGCGCCUGACUUUUGCCUGCCUGACCUACAUAUGAUCCCCUCCAUGGUUGUGAGGUUGGGGUUGGGGUUGGGGAGGUUUCAUUUGCUGCUGGCCAGGGCAAACAAGCUUGCUGCUUCCUUCAGAGACCUCAUGGGUGUCUUUGGUCCCACCUUCUUCCCCCCAUCCCACUGACUAGAUGGCUGCCUGUUGCUGGAGGUCUGGAAGGUGUCUUAUGCAUUUAGGAUGCAGGGAAGGAGUGGGAAGGAGUGGGGAGGGAGAAUGGGGAGCCAGACCCUUGGCUUCUGGUUGGAGAGGAGAAAAUCAAAAGUGUGUGUCUGAGGUCAAAUUCUCUUGGAAGCAGAGCCAGAGGCAAGGUUCAUGUACCUGUGAUCUGUUGAAGAAAUGCUCCUGGAGAAGCCAAAAGGGAGUGGAUGGAACGAGACAGUGAAGGGGAAAAUGACCAGCAAGAGUGGGACUUCAGGUGAAGUCCUGACUGCAGCCUGAUCCCACGGGCAGCUCUGGAGGGUGAAUUAAGUUGCCGAGGCUUGCUUACCUUGAGGCAAAAAAAAGCCGGCCUUUGAGGCCAAGAGAGAUCCCUUUUUGGUUUAUUAUUGCUGAAUAACAAACCACCCCCAAAACUUAGUCUUAAAAUAAUAAGUAUCACACACACAAAUAAUAACAAGUAUGAUUGUUCGCAAUUCCGUGGGUUGACCGGGCUCAGCGAGGCAGUUCUUGGACACCCUAUGAUGUGAAGUGGGGCUGCAGUCACCUGGGGGCCUAGGUGGGCUGGACUGUCCAAGGUGGGGCCCUCAGACGUGUCGGGUGCCUUGGCAGGGAUCCCAACUGGGCUGUGGGACAUCCGGAUUUCUUUCCUUCUCUGGUAGCCUCCGUGCUCUCCUUCUCCAUGUGGUCUCUCCAGGGGUGGGGGCUGGAUCCUUACAUGGUAGCUCGGGGCUCCCCAGAGGGAGCAUUUCUAGGAGAGGAAGCAGAAGCUGCCAGUCAUGCUUGGAAAUGGCACCGUGGCUCUUCCACCACGCUGUUGGUUAAUGCGGCAGGCUGGGGGAGUUGGGGCGGGGUAUGCACACGUGUACGGCCUGAACCAGGGGCAUGGUCGUGGGGGUCAUAUUUGGAGACUUGCCACUGUACCCCUCUAGUCACUCAUGGUCACAAGAAGAGGGCCAGACAUAAAUUCCCAGGCACCUUGAGCUUAAGGGCAGUCUUGAGAAGAUCACAAGGUAAGCCAUUAUCAACCAAGUGUUUAAAAAUAUUAUUCAGGUAGAGUGAGCCAACGGAUCAGGAGAUGAUUGCCAUUGGAAAGACAGUUUGUUAGUCUCACAGAUUGCAAAUAAAGGGGUUGUCCUAAGCCAUGCAGGGCCACGUGGGGAAGCACCGGGCCCGGCAGUAGGCAGAGGGGGAGAGGAGAACUGUGGGCAAGAGUCUUCACUGUGUUUUCCUGGGAAGGAACACACCAGGCAGGGUAAGCAGGCUUACGAUUGUCUAGCCGGGGUGGACGGGCUGUCCCUGGGUGGCCGGAACUGGGCCCUAGGAUAAUUAGGCAGAGGAAAAGUGGCCUGGAGUCUAAGAGCUCCGUAAGGGAAGUAGCUGGGUCUGGCUCUGGGUUGGCUGGUUUGUAUAUGAAAAGCAUGCUCCUAGGUGUGUCCUUUAUUAUCAUAAAGGAGUUGGCUAGGUCUGGGAGGGGCUGUCUCUCCAAAGUCAGCAAGGCUUCAGAAGUUUAAGCCCCAGAAAUACAAAAAAUGCAAAGGCAACAGGGGGCUAGGUGCACAGAAUUGGUAAGGGUGAACCGGAGGUGACCUGGGCAGGCCACCAACAGUAUCCACUAUAGGUAGAAAAGAACAGCAGAUCAGUAACAUGCAACAGAACCUAGAGCCAGUGACUUCCUCUUGUUUUGCUGUCAGUUUCCUCAUCUGUACCUACAGCCCAGUGUGGAUGAGCGGGUCCACCGAGACUUUCCAUGGACUGGACCUGGCAUGUGAGACAUACCAAUAAAUAUUAAUCGCUAUUAUUAGCUGCUGAUUGUCCAUUCUAGUGCCUCCUGUGUACAGUCUGGUGGCCAUUAAAGAUCCACAAUAAAAAAGGCAAGUGAAUGAAUGCUCCUGACCAAGAAGCCACGGCCACCUUUGGUGUCUUCCAAGCCCAUCAGCUAGGAUUCGUCAUCCUCACUUUCCAGAAGAGGACACAGGAGGUCAGUGAAGGGGAGUGAGCUGCCCAGUGUUGCAGACAGGCGGUGUUGCAGUGGGGCUUUAAGUCAGAUUAAUGAGCCCACACUCCAUGCCUUCAGAGUUGAAAAAUCAAAGAACCUUAACCUCUGCUCUGGUGAAGCUCAGCUGUUUGCAAAGAGAGAGUUCCGAUGCAGGGUGAUAAGUGUUUUCACAGCAGUGGUACAAGGGAUUUCAGGUCACGACUCCUAGAAAGUACCAGAAGCCGUGGGGGAAAAUACCAGGAGCACAUGGACGGGGUGGCCAGAGGAACUACCUGGAAGACAGCCGCCUUGUCAAGGGAGGGCAACAUGCAGAAGCCUGAAGGUGUGAAGGGCAUGGCCUUGUGAGGUCAGGGUUGCCGGAGCCAAGAUGGGUGUGAGGCGACCGCAGGAUGCAGCUGGGGAGGUGGUGUCAGCUUGGGGCUUGUAGGCCCCUUCAUGUCAAGCUGAGAACUGGUGAGAAAGGGAUGCAGUCGGUCCUGGAAAGAUCAGGAAGGCGUGUGGUGGGGCUUCCUCUGUCCACUUCCCUUCUGACACUUCUGUGCCUGGAUCACUCUCUGUAUCAAUCUGUCCCCACCUCUGUCUGACUCUGUCCUUGUCACUCUCUGUCCCCAUCUCUCCUACGUCCAGAGGGCAGCCUUGGACUGAGAGCCUGCCAGGGCCUAUGGGCAACCCCAAAGUCAGUGCUAGGAGCGGCUGAAAAGUUCUCUGGAAGGUAGAGGGUUGAAAGACGGGCACAAGCUUGGGUGGAGGGUGCAGGUUUGAAGCCAGAGCUGCACACCACACCCCCAACCCUUCUCCAGACACUGCAGUCACUUCCUCCUGUCCUUGAGGAGAGGGCUGGGCUUCCCCAAAGGGGCACAGAAAACUGAGGGUGGGUCCAAUGGGUGCAUCGGAAGGAUGGGGUCACAUGGGGGCCCCCUGCACCAUGCUGCUGCCCCUUGAUCUCAAUAGAAGCAUGAAAAAGACCGAGAAUAUAUUUGACAAAUUACCAGUUUACCUUAUGGACCUAUUCCCCAGAAGGAUACCUUCAUACUCAUUGGGUAGAUGGGAGAAUGAAUUUUGCUCGCUUUUCUUUGUA